CGGGUCCCGGUCCCGGUCCCGGUCCCGGGUCCCCGUCCCGCCCGCCGGGCGCGAUGCCGCGGGUCUACAUCGGCCGCCUCAGCUACCAGGCGCGGGAGCGGGACGUGGAGCGGUUCUUCAAGGGCUACGGCAAGAUCCUGGAGGUGGAUCUCAAGAACGGGUACGGCUUCGUGGAGUUCGACGACGUGCGCGACGCGGACGACGCCGUGUACGAGCUGAACGGGAAGGACCUGUGCGGGGAGCGAGUGAUCGUGGAGCACGCCCGGGGCCCCCGCCGCGACAGCUCGUACGGUUCCGGACGCAGUGGAUAUGGUUAUAGAAGAAGCGGAAGAGAUAAGUACGGUCCUCCGACCCGUACAGAAUACAGAUUGAUUGUGGAAAACUUGUCAAGCCGCUGCAGUUGGCAAGAUCUUAAGGAUUACAUGCGUCAGGCAGGGGAGGUGACAUAUGCAGAUGCACACAAAGGAAGGAAAAAUGAAGGUGUGAUUGAGUUCAAAUCCUAUUCUGACAUGAAAAGAGCCCUUGAAAAGCUGGACGGGACAGAAGUAAAUGGCAGAAAGAUUAGAUUAGUGGAAGACAGACCUGGGUCGAGGCGGCGCCGCUCUUACUCCAGAAGCCGAAGCCACUCAAGGUCUCGCUCGCGCAGCAGACAUUCUCAUAAGAGCAGGAGCCGCAGUGCCAGUAGUAGUCGCUCCAAGAGUAGAUCAAGAUCCAGGUCUGUGUCCCGUUCCAGAAGCAAGAGCCGUAGUCGAAGCAAGAGCUGUAGCAGAGGCCAAAAAGAGAAAAGCAGGACUCCAAGUAAAGAGGAUAAAAGUAGGAGCCGCAGCAGGAGCGCAGAGACGUCCCGAAACAAAUGUAAAGACAAAUCUGAGGGCGCUCUCCAUAACAGCGAUGAGAAAGCAGAGAGCAGGAGUCGCAGCAAGGAGAAGAGUAGGAGCGGGAGUAAGGACAGGGGGCAGGCGAGGGAGGGCGCGAGGAGCGGGAGCAGGGACGAGAGCAGGAGCCCCAGCAAGGAUCAAAGGAAAGGCAGGAAGAGGAGCAGGGAUGAGAGCAGAAGUAGGAGCAGGAGCCGCAGCAAGAGCCAGAAAAGCAAGAGGCGCAGCAAGCGAGACGGCAAACCGAGUAGCAAGAAGAAAAGGAAGGACAGCCGCGAGCGGUCCAGGUCAGCCUCCAAGGAAAAGGAGCGUCCAAAACCAGAUUCUGACAAAAAAGAGGGGAGAGGGGAGGGCGAGGAUGGAGCUGCGCACCGGGUGUCUCACUCCAGGUCUAGGUCCAUUUCCAAGUCAAAACCAUGUGGCAAAUCAGAUUCUCGUUCCAGGUCCAAGUCUAUUUCAAAGCCUAGAUCCCGGUCCAAGUCUAGAUCUAGGUCUGCCUCUAGGUCACGCUCCCGAUCACGGUCAAGGUCUCGCUCCAGAUCCUAAUCUUGCUGGAACGGUCAGAAAAGUCUUUUGUACAUGUUCAGUAGUUGUAGCGCAAGUGAUUGAAGUAGAAACGUCGAUGCUGUAUAUUCUGAACAACCCUGGCGGUGUGUCUGCCGUGAGCUGCGCUGCUCCCUCCGCGCUGUGCUCGCUGGCGCAGGGCUGUUCAGCUCACUUCUGUCCGACAGAAAGGCUCUCUUUAAAUAUCGCUCUUCCUGGAGCACCAGAAUCGCCCUGUUUGCCGGGAAAAGCCUUGCAGAGAGGGAGCGCUGCACCUCGGUGGGCUGACGGGAGGACGGUUGGGUAGGUACGAUGGCUUCAACAGUCUUUGCCCCUCGAUGUACAACAUUAGUGGAAGUGCUAAGUCUUCAGUUCAUACUACUUUUGGUUUUGGGCUCACAAAGUUGUGAAUAGUACAGUCUAAAGGAAAAAAAAUAGGUACUUGCAGUAAUCCAUAGGGAAAAGUAUAGUUCCAUAUAUGGUAUUGUGACAAUAUCCUUGUUUUAUAUUAAGAUUUUUUAUUUUAUUUUUCCCUGUCUUGCAAAGUGCAGUGACUCCUGUUUCCAUGAAAGUGGAAUAAAGACUAUUUUUGCUUGACGACA